AUGAAAAUAUUAAUGCUUUUCUUAAUCAUUUUAGUGAAUGUAAAUAAUUUGUAUUAAGUCAGAGCAUUCUCUGUGUAUUUCCUAAGAGCAAAAUCUUCUGGAAGAUACUGUGGAUUCACAAAAAGAAAAAGAAGAAAAUCUAACACUUUUAGACAUUGCUAAUGAACUUGAGUAAUAUCAUUUAUUUUAAGUAUUGGGUAUUUAUACUAAUUUAUUAUAAUAAUAGGAAUUGAAGCUUAAGAUAGACAAAUGAAAAGGUUAGCAGUGGCUUCAAUAAUAUCAAUUUUAACUAUUGCUGCAUGCUGUGGAUGUUCAUAGAUUAUAUAAACAUAUUCAAAAUCUUGUAAGUAGAAACUUCCACCUCCUUAAAAUUAAUAUAGAAGACUAGAACAAUAUCCAGAUUCUUUGUGAG